GCCUGUUAACAGGCAGAGAGAGAGAGUGAGAGAGAGAGAGAGAGAGUGAGAGAGAGAGAGAGAGAGAGAGAGAGAGAGAGAGAAUCUGACUGUGGGAAGUGAUGGACACAAAGAGAGACAUGAAACAGAAGAACCCCUGGCACAGGCAGCUCACUGUGGUCAUCGCAUUCCUCUUUGUUUUGGGAAUUAUCGCAUUAGUUACGACAGCCGUUGUACAGAACAAGCCUCUUCCCAAGAACAGUAAGUAUGGCAUCGUCCUGGAUGCAGGUUCUUCUCACACCUCACUGUAUAUCUACGAGUGGCCAGCAGAGAAGCAGAAUGACACUGGAGUGGUGCAACAGCUGCAUGUCUGCCAUGUCAAAGGCCCUGGAAUCUCCAGCUAUGCAAUGGACCCAGAAAAGGCAGGGAGAUCUCUACAAGAUUGCAUGGAUGUGGCGAAAAGAAUAAUUCCUGAAAGAAGACAUGAGGAAACCCCAGUGUCCCUCGGAGCGACAGCUGGCAUGCGGCUCCUCAAGCUGCAGAACCAAGAAGGCUCGGAAAAGGUUCUUUCAUCUGUGGAAAAAACGCUGUCCUCUUCCCCCUUCGAGUUUCAGGGGGCACGGAUUAUCACUGGACAGGACGAGGGGGCAUACGGGUGGAUAACUGUCAACUACCUGAUGGGCAACUUCAAACAGGGAAGCGGGUGGUUAAAUCUUUGGCCCAAGCCUGAGACCACAGAGACGCUGGGGGCUCUCGACCUCGGAGGGGCUUCCACACAGAUCACAUUCGUUCCAGAAGGAGAGAUUGAGUCUUUAGAGAGUUCCCUAUAUUUCCAGCUGUAUGGCAACAAGUACAACGUUUACACACACAGCUUUCUCUGUUACGGAAAGGAUCAGGCUCUCAAGAUCACGCUGGCUAAACAGUUACAGGGACAUGUUCCAGAUAGCCUUGAAGAUCCCUGUUUCAACCCAGGGUUCAUUAAAAACAUGUCUGUGCACAGCAUCUACAGCAGCCCCUGCACUGCGGGAGAGAGGAACACAACCAACACACAGGGAAGGUUCCUUCUCAAAGGAACAGGCAACGCACAGCAGUGCAGUGAUAACGUCAAACAAAUAUUCAACUUGACCCACUGCCCGUCAUCCAGCUGUUCCUUUAACGGGGUCUACCAGCCACAGCUGCAAGGGAAUUUCGGGGCUUUCUCAGCAUAUUAUUUUGUAAUGGCUUUCCUAAAUCUGACAACCAGUGAAAGGCCUGUCACACUGGUUGAAGUCAAGGAGAAAUUGAGAGAGUUCUGUUCCACACCCUGGCAGACAUUAAAGGAGAACUUCCCAAAUGUUAAAGAGAAGUAUCUGGGUGAAUACUGCUUCUCAGGGACUUACAUCUUGACCUUGCUUGAGACUGGAUAUAAAUUCAGCCCAGAGAACUGGAACACAAUUCGCUUCAUUAAGAAGAUUGGGGAUAGCGAUGCUGGUUGGACUCUUGGUUACAUGCUGAAUCUCACAAACAUGAUUCCUUCAGAGGCCCCCUGCUCUCCUCCUCUCCCUCAUGCUGGCUACAUCUCCCUCAUGGUCAUAUUCUCCUUGCUCCUAAUGGGGCUCCUUGUCACCGGAUGGCUCUGCUUUGGAAAAAACACUUGCACAUCUCAGAAAGAAGUUGUUUAACAAUACACACACACACACCACACACACGCACGCACACACACACACACACACAUGCACAACACCACACACAGACACACACACACAACUGUGAACCCAGAAUGCUGUCAUUUGUUUCCCAAAGCACUGAGAGGGUUACGGAAACCCUGUAUUUCUGUUUGUUUCUCGUCUUUUUUUAGUUUUUUUGACUAUAUGUUAUUACUUUUUACUUUUUCUGGACACAUUACCUCAAGAAGAAAAGCCUGCCCUUUGAUAUUAUGUGGCAUACCAGUCCUUUUUACCAGGUGUUGUGAAAUGAUAUUGAGUAAACCGAUGUGGAUAGACUUUUUUUCUGUUGGACACAUUAUCAAAUGCCAGAUAUGCAAGAGCAGGUCAUGUAGCAGCGUUUCCUUCAUGGAUAAUUUCAUAUCUGCUGAAAACGUUCUCAUAUCAGUGUUUGAACCCCAUUUUAACCCAUUGAAGUGUCUUCUGUCGAACUUUUAUUUAACAUUCCUUCCCCUUCAUAAAUAACUUUCAAAGACCUCUAAUGAUGAAAGUCCAGCGAUGCUCAGGAGAAUGCAACAAGGGAUCAAUUACAAAGGGCAUUAUGUCAUUUGUAUUAUUGUUAUUAUUAUUAUUACUGUUUAAUCUUAGGAAACUAUUUUUAAAUGUAUAAACAGGCGCUGCACUGAGUAUCUUAGCCAACUAUAUAAAAACACAACUAUUUUUAUAUUCCUUUUUCUUGUUUUGUUUUUCUACUAUGUAUAUAUAUACACACACACACACACACACACACACACACACACACACAACACUCAAACAAGUAUUAGGACACCCAGAUAGCAGGAUUUAUAAAGACCCACUGACAGGAAAAAGCAGCCUUCACCAAAAGCUGUAGAGAAAUACGCACUACAUGAUUUUCAGACUUCCACCAGAGGGCAGUAUAGCCUACUUUAUGCUUAUUUCUACUUCUCUGUUUCAUAAAUAUUAAUUUGCCUUUCUCUGCAAAGCAAUAAACAGUCAUCACAUGACAAACGAUACAGAUCAAUAUAAAUAACAGUAAGUGAUUUAAAUCAAAAUGUUACAAUACUGACCCAGAUCACAAAACCUCAGACGCGUAUUUGACAUGACCUCAAGAGAUGCCUAAUUAUUUGAGUCCAGCCGCCGUCUGACACCCCAUCCUAAGCGUGACUGCAAAGCAUAAGACAAAUCUCAAUGCUUCCAUCUUACUGGGCCCAGUUACCAACCCCAUCGUUACAAAACUUGCAAGAAACUUAUUCUAACCCUUUCAGAGUUCUGAGUUGUUCUUGGGGCAGUUUCAUUACAUACAUAUAUUGCAAAGAUUGAUCUGGGCCCCGUGUCAUAUUAUUUUUUGUAUUAUUAUUGUAUGACAAUCUCGCAUGUAGCUUUUUGUUCUUUCAUUUUAAUAAACAUAUCUCCAACAACAAGUGAUUUUGAAAUCCUUAACUUGUUGACAAUUACCCCCAGACUCCUCUGUCAACACGCAUUGUAGUUUUUAAUGAGGUGUUUUUUUAAUAAACGCAGCGUUGAAUAUACUUAUACUGUAUAAUAUAAAAGUAAAGCAACAUGAAAAUUGUCCAGCCUGGUUUUUGGAUAAUUGAAUGUCUGCUAUACUGAAGAUUUUGGCUGAGCUUGAAUUCUUAGGGAUCUAAGUCAUUCUACUAGUUUUGACUUAUUCUCAAAUGAUUCAGGUGUACUAGCCCCAUUGUAGAAUUGCAGAACUCUCAUUUGGUUCAGCAGAGAUAUUCAUUUGUUGCAGAAAAAUCUCGAUCAUUAAUGAGAUUUAGUGGUCAAUAAUUAACAGAUGUAUGUUAUUGGUUCCUUCAACUGCUGGUGUGUACACGGGGCAUUGCAUUGCUAAUGACAGGAAGUUACACAUAUCCAGACAUUGUCCCCCUGACGACACUAAUUAUGCUGUUUAGUAUUUCUAGUCUUUGUGUAUAGAUAUGCAUGGGUAGCAGUGUGGAGUAGUGGUUAGGCCUCUGGACUCUUGACUGGAGGGUUGUGGUUUCAAUCCCAGGUGGGGGACACUGCUGCUGUACCCUUGAGCAAGAUACUUUACCUAGAUUGCUUCAGUAAAAAACCAACUGUAUAAAUGGGUAAUUGUAUGUAAAAAAUAAUGUGAUAUCUUGUAACAAUUGUAAGUCGCCCUGGAUAAGGGCAUCUGCUAAGAAAUAAAUAAUAAUAUGCAGUAUAUAUGCUCUGAACCAGGAUUGGUGUCUGCCCUGCGUGAUUUUCUAUAAAAGAGCAUUAUCUAGUGGCACACUCAAUUUUUUUUUGUGGAAAAGCAUGACCAGUUAAUAAUAAACCCAGUACUGUACUGGAAAAGUGCACAUACCAUUUACUCUGCAGGCAUGACUGAUUUCAAUGUUAAAUGAGCCACUAACUCUGUCCUUGGGGUUUCAAUGUUAUAUUCAUUCCAGCACAAUUUGAAGGAUUGUGUGUAAUACUUAGCUGCAAUAUUUAAUGGCAUAUUUUUUUUCAGCACUAUCUGAG